AUGCCAAAGCACGCGCACCUGAGCGAGGAGGAACUGGCCGAGUUUCGAGAGAUUUUCAACCUGGCGCGCGGCGCGCAGCUGCCACACGCUGCCACACGCUGCAAACUGCUGCACAUGCCGUCUGCUCGAGCAACCUCAGGCGGCUCAAUCUCCAAGGAUGAGCUUCUGGCACUGAUGAAUACGCUGGGCUUGAAGCCCAACCAGGCGUCGGGGAAUGGCUCAGCAUCAGAGUUUGUGACGAUCAUGGGCCGGCAAGUCAAUGGGGCGGCCUUCAAGUGCUUCGAGGAGAGCGGAGUCGGCUCGGGCCACGUUACGAUGGCCGCUCUCGAGCGAGCGCUGACCACCUACGGCUCGGAGAAGCUCCCCCUAGCUGACGCGCGCGCGCUGCUUUCGCUGAUCGAGCCUGACAGCGCGGGGCGCGUCACCUGCGGCGGCUUUGGCAAGCCGAGACGGCGUCUCUAA